AUGGCUAAGGACUGCCGAAGUAGUUUGUGUAGAACGUGUGGGAAGAAGCAUCACAGUAUGCUACAUCUACCAACACCGGUGUCGAAUUCGGCGGUUAUCACUCCACCGAACGAAGAGCAAAUGCCGAACACUACCCAAGCGUGUACAGCUAUCUGUUCUACAGCAACCACUACAUCUCAAGCUGAGAUAUCGUUAUCGGUCGCAAAUGCACCACCGGUGGUGCUCACGCGUUCGUUACCCCAGCCAGCCGCGCCGGUCUCGCAAAAUGAUUCGUCGCCUCACGCCACGAUCGACCAACCCCCCUCUCCGUCGCCGGUUGUUUCGCUCGAUCGCAACGAAUCUGAACCAACCCCAUACUGCGCCCAGCCUCCACAGCCUCUACCACCCGCCACAUCGUUGACCCAAGCAAACAAUACUUUUGAAAGCAUUGUGUUCCUAUCGACGGCUGUUGUUCGAGUUCGAGAUGUGAAUAACGUGUACCACUAUGCACGGGCUCUAUUGGACAGUGGUUCCCAAUUGAACUUUGUUCCUGAAUCACUGUGCCAGAAAUUAGAUCUCAAGCGUACACGAAUCAGCCUUCCGGUUAGCGGUAUCGGGCAAGCCACCGUAAACGUACACUUCAAGGUGAAUAUCGCGCUCGCGUCACGGUUCGGCGGUUUCGAACAAGAAAUAGACUGUUUGGUCCUACCGAAACUCACCGUGAGUCUUCCUAGUCGAAGUGUAGACAUUUCUCGCUGGACCAUUCCGCGUAACUUGCCGUUAGCUGAUCCGAGGUUCAACAUUUCCCACGGAGUGGAUCUCAUUGUUGGAGCGGAACUGUUUUUCGCUCUUUUCGAAUCCCAAAGGCUAACCCUCGCUGACGGAUUUCCAAUUUCGCAGAAAACUGUAUUAGGGUAUGUGGUAUCUGGCACAUCCCCCGCAGAGGCGCAGAAGACGGUAGUGUGCCACGUUGCUACCGAACAAGAUCUAAACGCCCAUCUGGAACGGAUGUGGGAGGUCGACGAUUUCGACGCUGGACGAGUGCUAACGCAGGAAGAGCAGCAUGUAGAAGACCACUUCAUGCGCACCGUAUCCCGUGACGACACAGGACGAUACGUUGUACGCCUACCGCUUAGAGAAACCAGCGUCCCAUUCCUUGGGGAUUCCUACAAGGCUGCAGCCAAUAGAUUUUCGAUGAUGGAAAGGCGUUUUGCCAAAGACGACGAGCUGCGUGUGGAAUAUACGCAGUUUAUGGAGGAAUAUCUUAGGCUGGGGCAUAUGGAGGAGUGUUCCCGCAUCGAUGGUCCUCAGUUUUACCUCCCGCACCACGCUGUACGCCGGCCAGAAAGCACGACCACAAGAACCAGAGUCGUCUUCGACGCGAGCAGCAAAUCCCAUGGCCAAUUGUCGCUGAACGAUGUCCUUUUCACCGGCCCAACGGUACAGCCAGCUUUGCUCGCCGUGGUUGUUAAUUUCCGGCUUCCCAGGUACGUAUUCUCCGCAGACGCCGAAAAAAUGUUUCGGCAAGUGUGGGUCCACCAGGACGAUCGAAGAUUCCAAUCUGUCGUUUGGCGUUCGGAUCCGUCUCAACCGUUGAAGCACUACCACCUGAAAACGGUGACCUACGGAUUGGCCAGCUCACCGUAUCAAGCUGCCCGCUUCCUAAAUAAGCUCGCUGAAGAUGAUGGAGACCAAUAUCCCCUAGCCGCACCAGUUGUUAUAAAGCGCUUCUACGUGGAUGAUGCCUUUGCUGGAGGAGACAACUUAGAGGAGGUUGCGGAGACAUGUCGGCAGUUACAAGAGCUUCUCGCUAAUGGGGGUUUCACCCUUCGUAAGUGGUCUGCCAACGACCCUACCGUGCUACGUCACAUACCCAGUGAACUGCUUGGAGCAACCGGCCCAACGGAAAUCGGACGUAGUAUGGUCACAAAGGCACUAGGAUUACAGUGGAACCCAAUCACUGAUAAGCUCAGUUUCCAAGUUCCCGACCUGGAAAAUCUAGACAUCGUCACCAAACGAGCCGUGGUAUCCGAAAUGUCAAGGCUCUUUGACCCCUUAGGCCUACUGGGGCCGGUAGUCAUAAGCGCAAGGAUGUUCGUUCAAUGA